AAGAUAAAUACCUAGAGAGAAAAUCGGAGAGGUGAAUCAAAAAAUAACAGAAUAUAAACAGAGGUUGAAAGCUGCUUUAUCCCUGAGAGAAAACUCAAGAGUACGCCUCACACAAAGAACAGGAACAAUCAGUAAAGGUCGGAGAUUUAUGUCGGCUGUGUCUGAAUCGGCUUUGAUUUCGUCUCUGUUUCACGUCUCCUCUCCCACUCGAUCGUCUUCUUCGACCUCGUCUGCUCUGUUCUUUGUUCUGACCACUGUUCUUAACUCUCUUCGCUUCUGCUCCAAGCAGAGGCUUGUUGUGGAGGUUCCAUCCCUUUCCAUGGGCGUAAGACCUAAAAGGACUCACAAGAGGCAAAGGUUACCCUUUUUCAUUGUUCGCUGAGACAAAGUCCCUUGUCUGAUUCAGCAGUUUUUGGUAAGAGAUUUUGAAGUGUUUGAAUCAGAUAUGAAGAAGUCCGUGAGAGGAAGGAAAGUUCGUAUUAUUGUCAGUGACCCUUAUGCAACUGAUGACUCCUCCAGCGACGAAUGGUUCGAGUGUAAGCCUCCUAAGGUGAAGCGUAUUGUCCAUGAGAUCAACCUCCCCUUUCAGCUCUCUGAGAGUUCUCAGUAUCACAAAAGCUGUAGACGUAAAGCUGCUUCUAUGCAGCUUAACAAGCCAGUGGGAGUUAGGCUGAGGCAAUCAGGCAAAUGGGCUGCUGAGAUCAGAAACCCACUCACCAAAACUAAGGUGUGGUUGGGUACUUAUGCAACCCUUGAAGAAGCUGGGAAGGCUUAUGCUGACAAGAAGGUUGAGUUUGAUGCGUCGGUUGCGUCAGCGAACAGCCAGUGCUUGCGUUCUGCUGCUUCUAAAGAAAAGGUGUGUCUGAGCAAAGAUGUUGCUGCUUCUGGUGAUUUGACCAAGGAAGGUUUUGAUCUUUCCCAAUUGGAGAUCCCUGAUCUGAGCUUCUUAGCAGCAGAAGAGAAGUCUGGCGCAAAGGCUGCUGGGGAGAUUGACUUUGAUUGUUUUUUUAAGGACGAGGACUAUGAUCAUCUCUUUGAUGAUUUCUCUGUGGUUGAUAAUGUUAAUAACAUCAGCUUACCAAGUGAGCUGCCUGACUGUGACUUCACAGAUGUGGAGCUUGAGCAUGGUGAUAUGAAGUUUGCCUUUGCUGAUCAACUGGCGCAUCCUCCUCUCAACAUCGCUUGCCCCUGAAGCUUUGCCAGCUUAUCUGGUUCACUGUAUUCCAAUAAUAAGUCUUUACUGUUAAGACAAACAAACGGGCGAAAGCUUGUUUUCAUUUAGGAACGUUUUUAAGUUUUGUUUGCUAUUUCAAAAGAACAUGAAUAAGAAUGUAGCAUGUGUGAUCUC